AUGAGAAAUGAUUCUAGUAUUACAUCAAAGAGGAAUGUCACCUUAAAAAAAACUAGUCGUACAGUAGAAUUUGGUAACGAUCCCGGAGGACGAGAUUAUGAUGAUAAAUUAACAGAAGUGAUCACUACCUCACAAAACAAUAGUCCGUCUUUUUAUACUAAAGAAGCGAGCCUAUUACACACAGAUCAAAAUAAAGUUAAAAGAAGUAUUUCGGAAAGUCAAGUAUACGCCGCUGGAGGUGCAACAGAAAAAUCGGACGAUGAUUUGGACGAAGUUUCGAAUAAUCAAAAAUUAAACAAAAGAACGUUCCAUCAAUCAGUUAUGAAUGAGUUUAUAGAUGAGAACGAAUCAUGGAAUACAAGUUCAGAAACUGACACAACCGACACAUUUAUGAGUAUUGAAUCUCUUCGAUGCACAGAUGAGAAAGGCGGCUCACGCAAACGGAAAGCUAUUGACAACUGUGAAGACGAAAGAAUAAGGAUCAAAAAAGAAAAAAAUAAGCACGGGAAUGAAGAAAUACCAAAUAAGUGGCACAUUAUAUCGGAAGUGUUAAAUCGCCAAAUAGGUAGGAAUUCGUUAUUCAAAGAAAGAUUCUAUGGUUCUUCACAUGCGGUAAAGCGGCUUUAUUUAAUGGAUUCCCUCUUUGAUGAGGACCAGGAUUCCGCGUAUGCCGUAAAUUUCAAUCGAGAAGGAAAUUUAUUAGCAAGUGCUUCUCAUAAAUUAGUUUUUAUUUGGGACUGGUCUGUAAAGAACCUACUCUGUGUGUUCGACCAUUAUACUUGCGAUGUGAUACAAGUCAAAUGGCUGCCAUCAGACGAGGAAAAAAUCGUUACUUGUGUACAAAAUGGAUAUAUUUGUCAGAUAUAUUUGUGGGAUGCUGAAUACAAUAUGUCGGAGCCAUUGGCACAGCAUGACGGAUAUGCGUGCAAAUUGUCUGUGCAUCCUGAAACACCUAAUGAAUUCUUAUCUACUGGAUCUGAUGGGAAGAUUUUCUCCAUAGAUAUCCGCGAGAAUGGUCCAAACGAGUGA